GACGGCUGGGAGAAGGAUUAUCCGUGACACCGUGAUGGAGGAGGUUGCUGGAAGCUCCGUACCCCAGGUAGAGCCCGAGGCCGGGGAACUGGAGAAAGUCUAUGGGAAGCCUAGGGAUGAGGAACCUACAGACAAAGUUACCGCUGCUAAAAAGAAGUUUAGGUGCCAAAUCCCGAUCUUAGCCAUGCCUGAGAUCGAUGACACCCUUAGCAAAUUACUAGAAAUCGUGGUGUCGGUGUCGUUUCAGACCAUGCUGCAGAUAGACGAAAACCCCGAAUCACCGGAAGAGGAAAGGGAGGAGGAAGCUCCGCAAGAAGUCGCUAGCCUUCAAAGGAGUCGCGGGGAUUUGGAGGAUCUCGAGAAAGCCUUUGCGGACAUCCGCCUGAGCUUGCCAGACCGAGAAGGUGGCGAGGUCAUGAGGGCACCUCCCGGAACAAAGCUCAGCUUCCAUGCGCUACCCGUAGGAAAGUUAAAAAUCCAGAUCAGGACUCAUCAUACCGACGCAUUAGUAGACGGGGGAGCGAAACUCACUCUCAUAAGGAGAGAUUUCAGAACAAUCAUGGGCUGUACGGUAAAUAAGGAAGUAACAGGGAGCAUCAAGGGAGCCGGUGGGGAAAUUCCGUUCGCUGGGUAUGUCACGAAAUGCGCAGUCAAAGCAGGAAUCAGGGAGUCGAUCUGGUCGUUUCAACGGAUGACAGUAAUGGAGGAAAUGGACCACGACAUAAUCCUCGGGAGACCAUGGUGCGCAAACGUAGAAAUGAUAGGCAUGCACUUGCACGAUGGCACGUACAUGGUAGACAUAGAGGACCCAGUGACCGGUCGGGGCAAGCUCCUCCGACUCCUUGGGACAGGAGGAGACCCUUCGAAGGGGAAGUUAGCAACAUGGUCACCAUCAUUUGAAGAUAGCGCGCGGAAGGGGGGUUUUGCGCGGAUGGAGGGCAUGAGAAAAAUGGUAGAAAUUAUGAUCGUGGAAGCAUUCAAUAAGAAGGAAUGGAUCAAGAUGGGCCUGCCCCAGAAGAAAAGAAGGCAGGAGGACGAAGUCUUAGGUGUUAUGGUGGCAGAAAAAGAAUCAGAAGUCGAACUCAGAGUCAGCCUGCCCAAGCGGAAAGAAGUGCGCAUGGACGUGUCAGAAGUCGCACUCGAGAUUCCCGAUUUGUUACAGCUCAUCAAGGCCAUCAGAUACCACUACGUAGGAGUGGACUCGGCGGCAUUGGCCAAAUUCGAGGGAGAAGUGCGAAAGGGAUAUUGUCUGAAUGGAAAAUUAUUCGAUUAUAAGAUCGAACGGAUUGCUAGAAUUAGAAACAAGGUCGAUGGGUUGAGUCGGGUCUUCAUCACUCCCGAAGGGGUGGAGGAUGCGGAGCCCAUAGAAGUAUUUCUCGAAUACGAAGGAGGAACUUUUAUGGUGGAUAACGAAAUGAUGGACGAAGAAUGCGCGUCGGGAGAACUGUUGAUCCGGACUUUGGAGAAGGGGGCACCUGCCGUAGUAGCAGAACUCAGAGAAGGACCGGUCACCACUCGAGGUCGCAAAGAGGAGAAAGAUUCAUGGGGAGCGAUAGUAGGACCGAAGGAGGAACUAAUAACAAUGGCGGUUGAGGGAGGCCGGGAAGCCGUGAUGAGUUUAGUGAAAUCUUGGGAAAGGAAAGAGUUGAGGUGGAUGGUAAUCCAGAUGCAGGAAAGAAAGGAUGAGGACCAGAAAGGGAAGGAGUUUUUCUAUGCCCAGAUAUACGAAGGGAUCUUUCGGAAGAUUGGGUUGUUGCUAGUAGGAAACAAACAACCCAUGAAAGUCAGCAUUAAAGCAAGGGAGGUGGCCGAGAGGGAUGCGAGAAAGCGCGUGUGUAGAGGGCCUUCGCCUCUCCGGAAAGGAGAAGGCAUAUAUAUCUCAUCUGGGAGUGAGAUCGAGGAGGAAAGGGCAAGUGUGGGAGAAGGGGGCAAAGCGGAUAUGGGAGACAAGGCUCAGGCCUCUGACGAGGAAGAAGCCGAGAGGUGCGAGCAACAUGAGUCUUGGCAUGGGGAAAGCGAGGGGAGACAAGACAUGUGCGAUAGACGUGAGGAUGGGGAAGAAAGAAGGGAAAACCCGCAUGAAGAGCGGAGCGGCCACGACAGUUGUCAGGGGAGGUAUCCGGAUUUUGAAGAGGGCUAUGAAAGGGGGACAAAGAUUCCCUAUAGCUACGAUCCAAAAAACUUGACGGGUGGGUAUAGCCCCAUACAUACGGAAGAAGAGGAGGACGAGGAGGAGGAAGUACAGGAGGUCAUCAAAAUCAGCAGUGGCGAUGAGAGGGAUGAAAUCUCGAGGCCUAGAGAAGAGAGGCGGCCCCUGAUACAUCACCCGCGUGAAGAGGCCUUCAGAUGGGAGGAUGAGUUUGGGUCAACGCCCAGCCAUUGGUUUCAACAAUGGCUCAGUGUGAUCAAGCACGAGUGGAUUAUCAAGACCCGGGAACUUGCGAAGGCAGGGGUGGUGGCCACACCUUUGGAUUUCUAUAACGAGAUGGAGUUACGAGAGAUUGCAAGGAGAAGGAGAGAAAUCAUGGCCUCUGGCCUGGGGGUUAAAGAGCCCGCAGAAAGACAGGACGAGCAAGAGAGCGAGCGAGUUGAGGCACAUGACAGCAAUAGGGAUUAGAUGUUGAUUAAGUGUUGGACAAGAAAUUGCGAUUUCUUUUUUUUGCACAUAUGGAAUAACAGGGUUUGUAUAGUAUGAGUAAGCUUGUGAGGAAUGCGGGAUAAAAGGACGAGCUAAGACUGUGUCACGAUGAGUUAGAAGAUAACAUUUUGAGGCUACUUUCUGGAUGAGCUAUCGUCGAAAGUGUGUAGACAAGACAAUGGCACGGGGCAUGGGAUGAGACCAGUUGGGAAGGGUGUAUUGUGAACUUUGGAUGGAAUGAGGAUUAUGCGUUUGACAUGAGACGUUGUGAGUACAGAUUGACGAGCAAAGCAAGACGUGAAUGUUGGUCGAGUACAAGAGAGGUUAGGGAACCUAUGGGUUAAGGGGCGUGAAGAACACUCCUUCCCUAGGAGGCUAAUCCAACUGAGUUUUGAAUGAGUCUGAAAAUAGCCAAGAGCUGAGAAACCAGAAAGAGUGAAAAUAGAGGGGGGUGCCCCGGUCUCUUGCUAUGAUUAAACGGUCGGGUGGGCUACUGUUGCUUGAGGUCGCGCGCCCCAACCCGAGUACUAGACGCUAAGUCGGAUGUAUGCAUGGAUAAGUAAAUUGCCUUGAGAAUG